UGAUCCAAGAAUUACGAAAAAUAACAGCGAGAACUUACAUUAGAAUAAGAAGAAGGAAAUGAUGUCAAGCUUGAAACUGAGUGCAACAGCUUCAAUCUACUACAUGCGCAAAGCCACAACGAAACCCUUGUUGUGGACACCAAACAGAAACAGAACAAUUCAGCAAAGGUACAUGCCUUCCCAUUCUCCUUCAAAAAGCAAAACCCUAUCCUUCCCAAUUAGGGACAGAUUGGGAUGUUUGGGAAAGGCUGGUAUUGCUACAGAUUUAGGUUCCACGGUUCCAUCACAACCACAACCUCACCCUCAGCCAGAACCUCCCAAAUUGCUUACAUUACCCACCAUUUUAACCCUCGGUCGUGUCGCCGCUGUGCCGAUUCUUGUCGCCACUUUCUACAUGGAUGGUUGGCGAGGAACUGCUGCUACCACGAGUAUUUUCGUUGCUGCUUCACUUACAGAUUGGCUUGAUGGCUAUAUUGCUCGCAGGAUGAAGUUGAAAUCUUCUUUUGGCGCUUUCUUAGAUCCAGUAGCAGACAAGCUUAUGGUUGCUGCCACGCUAGUCUUGUUGUGUACUAGGCCUUUGGGUGUUGCUGCGUUUGGACAAGCACCUUGGUUACUGACUCUGCCUUCAAUUGCCAUAAUUGGGAGAGAGAUAACCAUGUCUGCAGUCAGGGAAUGGGCUGCUUCCAAGGAUAGUAAGCUUUUGGAGGCUGUUGCUGUAAAUAACUUGGGGAAGUGGAAAACAGCCACACAGAUGACAGCAUUAACCAUCCUCCUUGCAACCCGGGACUGGAGUCACGGAGGAGCUGCUAUUGUAGUAGGCUCCGGUGUUGUUUUGCUUUAUACUUCAGCAGGGCUUGCCAUAUGGUCGUUGGUUGUAUAUAUGAGGAAAAUAUGGAAGGCGUUGUUGAGGUAGCGAGCCUGAUGCUCUGUGCAUUCACUUACAACUUGGUGGGUUCGUUUCUCACAAACAUUUACCAAUUUCACGCAAAGGGGCUGCAUUUUUUGGUGGCAUGUAAAUUUAAUAUUUAUUCUACACAACGUCUAGCUGCACACAGCGCCAUAUCUCCUAUUCCCGUUUAUCAUCUAAAUAUCUUUUUGGGUCUUUGGUCACCCUAGGAAAGAAGUAAAAAAGAGGCAGACUAGCCAUGCUUAAACGUUGCGGCAGUGAUUUUGUUCUAGGUCCCAACUAUAAAUUAGGAACAUUGAAAGUUUGCGACCAGAGAAAAAUCAUCACAAGAAUUAUUGUAUGACGAAGUUGACUUGUCAAUGAUUUUUGUUCUGAUAUAUUAUUUAAUGAUGUGAGCAGAAAAGGCUUGAUCGAGUGUGACGUGAUUUUCUUGCACCUCACUAAUAAUUUUUUAGGAUUUCAUUCAAAUAAACUUUAAGGCAUUCUGAAAUCCGUACAUACUGCGGAGUGGGGCUUUGUAUUUUUUUAACAAUAAUUUUCUUGUUUGGAUGUCGUCAUUCAUGUCAUGGAUGAAAUUUAUUUUUUUAAUCUUUUCAAUUAUAUUUUAUAUACAAAGGCGAAAUUAAG